GCACCCAGACUCCGGGGUAGCACUUCUCGGGUUCGUCAGCUGUCCCUUUGGAUGUUCGGGGCCAGUGGGCCUCACAAGCGGGGCGCCUUGGGGCCCUCCACCGAUCCGCGGCCGGGGGAGGAGGAGGAGUUCGAGCCGGACUCCCAGGCUGCCCGAGACUAUGAUGCGCGGAUGAAGAUGGUUAAGGAGGGCAAGCGCCUGGAGAAGUCCCUGCUCCAGAACCGCUCAGCAGUAGCUCAAGCCAUGCUGGCAGCUGGCGGACGCGUCAGCGUCGAGGUGGCAGGCAAAGCGGUCAUGGACAUGUCCAACGGCGUCCUGCCGGGCAUGGUGUCCAUGCCACAAGGUUGCCAGCAACCCGACAAGAAGAAGAAGGACAAGAAAGGCAAGAAGGAUAAGAAGAAGAAAGAGAAGAAGAAAAAGGACAGAAAAAAGAAAGAGAAGGAUAGAAAGAAAAGCAAAAAGAAAAAGGACAAAAAGAGUUCGUCGUCUUCGUCGUCGUCGUCGUCAUCUUCGUGAGGCCGAGGGGGCACCGUGUCUUCAGGCGGACCGGGCGGGGCUCACCGUCGAAGGCGGCAAAGGAAUCCUGAGCCUCCGCCCGAGUCACGCGUUUGGAGUGAGGGAGCACGCUUCCCAAGAUGUUGCAAGUGGGCCUUGGG